GGCUGGAGCAGUAAAAAAAGGAGGAGGAAAAAAAGAGCGGGGCUCGGCAGGGAGCGGUCGAGCGCGGGGCUGCCCGGCGGCGGCGAUGGAGGAACUUACGGCGUUCGUCUCCAAGUCUUUCGACCAGAAAGUGAAGGAGAAGAAGGAGGCCAUCACGUACCGGGAGGUGCUGGAGAGCGGGCCGCUGCGCGGGGCCAAGGAGCUGGCGGGCGGCGGCGAGCCGGGCCGUGAGGACCGCAGCAGCCCGGCAGUCCGGGCGGCCGGCGGAGGCGGCGGAGGAGGAGGCGGAGGCGGAGGCGGAGGAGGCGGAGGAGGCGCGGGAGGAGGAGGAGCAGGCGGAGGAGCUGGAGGAGGGCGCUCCCCCGUCCGGGAGCUGGACAUGGGCGCUGCGGAGAGGAGCAGGGAGCCCGGCAGCCCGCGGCUCACCGAGGUGUCCCCCGAGUUGAAGGAUCGCAAAGAGGAUGCUAAAGGAAUGGAGGACGAAGGCCAGACCAAAAUCAAGCAGAGGCGAAGUCGGACCAAUUUCACCCUGGAACAACUCAACGAGCUGGAGAGGCUUUUUGACGAGACCCACUAUCCGGAUGCCUUCAUGCGCGAGGAACUGAGCCAGCGACUGGGGCUGUCGGAGGCCAGAGUGCAGGUUUGGUUUCAAAAUCGAAGAGCUAAAUGUAGAAAACAAGAAAAUCAACUACACAAAGGUGUCCUCAUAGGGGCUGCUAGCCAGUUUGAAGCUUGUAGGGUUGCACCCUAUGUCAAUGUAGGUGCUUUACGGAUGCCAUUUCAGCAGGAUAGUCAUUGCAACGUGACGCCCUUGUCCUUUCAGGUUCAGGCGCAGCUGCAGCUGGACAGCGCCGUGGCGCACGCGCACCACCACCUGCACCCGCACCUGGCCGCGCACGCGCCUUAUAUGAUGUUCCCGGCGCCGCCCUUCGGACUGCCGCUGGCCACGCUGGCCGCGGACUCGGCCUCUGCUGCUUCGGUGGUGGCGGCGGCCGCCGCCGCCAAGACCACUAGCAAGAACUCCAGCAUCGCGGAUCUCAGACUGAAAGCCAAAAAGCACGCAGCCGCCCUGGGCCUGUGACGCCAGAGCGCCACCGCGCCUGCGAGGGGCGCGCCCGCACCGCCUCGCCCCGCUGCUCCUCGCUGCCCUGCAGACCUCCGACGCUGCCCUCUUCCACCACGCUGGCCGCCCCUUGUCUCUCUUCAUCCCUGACUCUGAGCGCCGGGCUCUGCACGGGAUCCCGGGCUGCACGAGGCACGCCAGCCCAGUAGCUCCUGGCCACCCACAGACCGUGGGCCUAGAAGGCUUUAUAGGAGCUAGUUUGCGGAAGUCUGGAAAGAGACUGGACAAGGGAAUGCUGGCAUAGCGCAAUGCGGCUCAGCAAAGCUGCAACGAUGGAUUCUUGCAUAGAAACAAAAUCUUGUUGACAAUAUAAAACGAGGAAAUACAAGAUAGAAAAGACAAACCAGAGAGAGAGAGGAGAGAGAGAGAGAGAGCGAGAGAAGGAGAACGGGAACUUCUUAUUGCUGUUUGGGAUAAGCUGAAAUCGGAGAGAGAAAAACGGAGCAAAACAAUUUUAAAAAAUUAAAGUAUUUUAUACAUGUAAAAAUAAGGGGAAAUAACCAGGACGAAUCUCGAGAGAGAGGGGGGAGGGAGUUACCAACUUAAAUGUAUGUUUUUUUUUAAUGGGCUAAGAAGAAGGCAAAAACGGAAGAGGUAUACUUAUUUAAAGAAUUAAGAUGAAUAAAAUGCGCAGCUGGGAAGUUCACAGGUUUUGAAACUGACCUUUUCUGCGAAGUUCACUUUAAUACGAGAAAUUUGAUAAGAGAGGCGGGCCUCCUUUUACGUUGAAUCAGAUGCUUUGAGUUUAAACCCACCACGUAUGGAAGAGCAAGAAGAGGGAAGACAGUAUGAAAACGAAGGAAGGGAAAAAAUGAUGUUAAUACAAUGCAGUGAUGCCACAGACAAUGAUUCUGGGAAAUGAUGGCAGAACUGUCCGGACUGCGACAGUAAAUUCUGGUUUGCAUGUUACUUGUAUUCCAUUGAUGGUGUCUUCCCCCUGCCACCAUCACUCAUGUACACGCAGUUCAUUUUCAUCUUCAGUAGAAAAGCGUCUGAAAAUUUAUACAUAUACAUAUAGACAUAUAUGUAUAUAUAUAUAAAAUGUGUAGUUUUUUUGGCCUCAUCUUUGAUCCUGGGGAGGCACAGGAAAAUGAAAACAUCGAAAUGGGGAAAAGUUACACUCUGGUUGUAUCAAGAAGAUAGAACUGGGCAGAAAAUGUGGAGAAAAGAAAAAGAAAGAAGGCCAAAUGAAAUAAUGAUGGUAUACCACCUUGCAUCCUGGGACACCUAGUAGGCGCUCCACCAGAGUUAGUUUGCUACACCCCCCUUUUCUUGUAUUCCCUCUUGCUGAUUUCCUGAAGUCCUAUUUGAGGACACUGCUUUAUUUCCCCCUCUCUAUCCUGUCAAAUUCACCUUAAACAACACCCAGCUAGAUACAGGCACUAGGUUUGUGUAAAAUAUGUUGAUACACACAAACAAAAUUUAUUUUGGCUAUAAUGUGUGAACUGAUGGUUGACUUUCAACAUUUGCAUUUUAUCUCACAAAGGUGUAUCUAUUCAAGUAAUCUUUUUCCGGUUGUUUGUUUCAAUUCAUGUAGCUAUUUAAACCGGGAUAUGCUGGGAUAUGCUCGACUAAGCAAUCGGCAUCCCAAUUCUCUAGCAGGCCUCUUAGUUGUGUGUGUGUGUGUGUGUGUGUGUGUGUGUUUCCUUCUAAUUUACAAGAAAGAAGAAAAGCUCUUCUAACUGAACUUUGGUAUGCGGUUGAGCUUUGUAACUAUUUGUUCUCCAUGAAAACAAAAUUAUUUAUAUUUGUCAUAUUUUUUCUAGUGUAUUAAGUUAUUUUAAACAAAAGAAGAUGCUGUUAUCUCAUGACGUGUUGUCAGUACAAAAUGUCUCGGCUCCACCUCUGUUAAACCUUUUAAAUAAGUGCCAAGUUAUUAAUCGAAGACACUUUGCGAUCAAUUGA